AUGUUUGCCAAUAUUAAAAGUCGUUUUUUGGCAACGGUCAUAGCUCCGGAUAUGCCGGCAUUAUCCUCCACCAGCCAUGAACAUUUGGUUAGGGGUAGUUCCGCAUACCAUCAGCGAAUGCUACACCAACAACAGUUACAGGAUAAAUUUGCCUAUUCCCGCCCACCUUUCUUGCAGCUCUUAACACCCGACGAGUUGAAGGCCUCUGCCGAUCACAAUGUACGGCCGAUAAUUGUGCCGCGAGAUAUCAGCAUUUUGCCCUGGGGUACGGGAUAUGCGGAAUGUGUUAACUCCGGCAAAUCCGAAUGGAAUGAGGAUCAAGGAGCAUUUUGCCGACAAAUUUUAUCCGAUCCCACCCAUCAAUACCCCGACUUGCCCUACACCUAUUUUGGUAUAUUUGAUGGUCAUGCCGGAUAUGGAGCAGCCUUGGCUGCCUCCCAUCAAUUCCAUCAUAUUUUACAUGAGAAAUUGGUUGACUGCAUUGAGUUGCUACUGCCACGUGAGGGCAUGGAAGACCCCAAAGUUAAUGCCACAACACAAUCGGUAAACUCCUUUCCCCACCCCAGCCAUUUUCAAAGAACCGUCUCCAAAGAUGAACUAAUUAUGGGGGCCCUGGAAUCGGCCUUCGUCCACAUGGAUUCAUUAAUAGCCCAAGAUAGGGAUCGCUAUCGUGAUGCUGGUGGCUGUACAGCCUGCGUCUCCCUUUUCAUAAAUGGUAAAAUGUAUGUGGCAAAUGCUGGCGACAGUCGAGCGGUGUUGUGUCAACGCAAGGUAUUACCCAAAGAGGAAAUGCCAGCCCAACCAGAUGGUUCGGAGGGAGCUUUUCCCGUCCCCUUUUCCUUCGAUCACACCCCAGAGACGGAGCGCACACGUCUACUGGGUGUAGCUCAAUAUAAACCACAUUUAAUGGGUAAAUUCUAUACUGCCAUGGAGUAUGCCAAACGUCCCCAUGAACGUGAUUUAGGUCAGCGGAUCCUGUGUCGCCAGGGCACCAUGAAGGGAUGGACAUACAAGACAUUGACACGAGAAGACUUAAAAAUGCCCGUGGUAACGGGGGAAGGUAAACGUUCGCGGCUUUUGGGAACACUUGGAGUGACACGGGGAUUUGGUGAUCACGAUCUAUUGGCCAUUGCCACUGGAACAUUAAUUAAACCAUUCCUUACUGCACAGCCGGAAGUUAAGUACAGAGAUCUCACAAAAAUUGUAACCAUUCCAGAAGAACAAAAUGAAGAUGGUGAUUAUGGCAUUUUGGUCAUGGCCACCGAUGGCCUAUGGGAUGUUUCCGAAAACGAGGCUGUAGCUCGUACCGUUUUCCAAACUCUACACAAAUAUCCAACCGAAAAACAUCGUUAUACAAUGGUUGCUCAGGAGCUGGUUGCCAAGGCACGUGGCAAAAUCAACGACUAUGGCCACUGGCGUUUGGCCGAUAGCAAAGCCGCCGCCACUGUUGAUGAUAUAUCUGUGAUUGUGAUACCCGUCUAUCAGUAUUAUAAAGAACACAUAGAAUGGGAACAAAAAUGUUUGCGAGAAUAUCGUGAACGUUUGGAACGUGAGCGUGCAGCUGCAGCCCAAGCUGUCGAGGCCAAAGAGGAUGCAACGAAUGAACAAAUCGCAAGUCUUGUAAAUGGCAUUAAAGAAAUGGCUCAAGUUGAAAUAGAACCAGUACUUAAUGAGGAGGAGGCGGCGGAGGAAGAUGAUAAAACACUGGUGACAGCAGUAGGUGUAGAAAAAGAAAUGGUGGCGAGAAAUGAAACAACAAUUGAUAAAACACAAAGCCUCAUUGCAUCGGAACAACAAAGCACAAUAGAAAAUCAGACAUCAGCAACAAAGGCUGUGGAUGGUGAUAAGCCAGAAGAUUCAAAUUCAUCAACAGAAACUGCGGUGGCGAAUGAAAACGCAGCCGAUAAGAGGGAGGUGGAAACGAUCAACAGUAACAAUGAAUCAACAACACAAGAUGAGAAUGAUUCCUCACCCGAGAAGAGUGUCACAUCACCAUCCAAAUCGAAACAGCGUAAAAAUCAACGUAAAGAUAAGCGUUAA